GACUUCCGGUGGGAGCCGGAAGAGGAAGCAGCGGAGGCGGGGCGGAAGAGCCGGGGAGCGGUGCCCUGCUGCUGCUCGCUGGGGCCGCUAUGGCCGGCUGGGGCCGGUUGCUGCCGCUGCGCAAGGCCAGCUACCAGAUAUCAAACUGUUUGGUCAGAAGAAAUUUUUUUGGAUAUUCUCUUAUUAAAGCACAUUCUGGUCUGGUUCAGCAAAAUAAAGAGAUUUGCUUGAGACCCUGCAGAUGUGGAAGUUCCACAGCAGCUUCUGCUAAAUCUGAAGAGGAUGUCUUAUUCAAGUGGGGCCUUUUACUGAUCCCCCUCACCACGUUUUGUCUUGGUACAUGGCAGGUUCAGCGUCGGAAGUGGAAGCUAAAAUUGAUAGCAGAUUUGGAGUCAAGAGUUGCGUCAGAGCCCGUUCCUCUGCCUAUAGACCCCAUGGAGCUAAAGGAACUGGAGUACAGGUCUGUAAAGGCCCGAGGGUAUUUCGACCACUCCAAGGAGCUCUAUAUUUUGCCACGUUCAUUGGUGGAUCCUGAACGAGAAUCCAGAGAAGCUGGACGGCUGACAUCCAACCCAGAGAGUGGAGCAAAUGUCAUUACUCCCUUCUACUGCACAGAUCUAGGGAUCACAAUUCUAGUCAAUCGAGGAUUUGUCCCUAAAAAGAAGGUGAAACCAGAGACCAGACUGAAAGGACAGAUCCGAGACGAAAUAGACCUUGUUGGAGUGGUGAGGCUGUCGGAAACCCGGAAGCCUUUUGUGCCUGAAAACAACAUAGAAAAGAACCGCUGGCAUUACCGUGACCUGGAGGCUAUGGCGAGGGUGACUGGCGCUGAGCCCAUCUUUAUCGAUGCAGAUUUCAGGAGCACAGUCCCAGGGGGACCCAUUGGAGGCCAGACAAGAGUGACCUUGAGGAAUGAACAUAUGCAGUACAUAAUUACCUGGUAUGGCUUAUGUGCUGCAACAUCCUACAUGUGGUACAAAAAGUUCAUACAAAAAAUACCCCUCUGAGAGAAGGCCCCCUAUGGGUCUUUCCUUGAUGCAACACAUACAAGACCUCAAGCUCAGAGAAGACCCAUGGAGAAGAAACUGGCCUGGCUGUGAAAGAACCAAAUUCACAAAUUGCAAGUUUCAUUUGAGUCUUCAUCCCAAGCUGGCUCUGGCCUAUCAAGUGCUUGUUGUGGCUAUGCUGCUCUAUAAAUCAAUGCAGCUAGUGAAUGACCAUAAAACUGCUGAUCAGCUUCUGUAAAAGAAAUCUGUAAAGCCAGAUGUUCUAGCAUCUUGAGUCUGGCCACUCCCUGGAAAUUGGUUGUAGCUACUUCUUGGAAGCAUUGAGCCAUGGUUGCGUAGGGCUUAUGCUAUCACUGCCUUGCCUGUUUUUGCAUAAGGUGGGGAAGAAAUAUUUUCAAAUUGAUUGCUACUUUCACCUGGUGUAGGUGAUAAUUCAGGAAAUGGUUUAUCAAUCACAAGGAGGUAUGAGGUACAACUUGAGUACUUCUGUCAUGAUGGUGGAAACUAUUAGAAAUACCUCUCAAAGUUCACUCAUGAUCCAAUGAAUCAGGUCCUCUGGAUUGUUUUUUUUAAAGGUUUGCAGAUGAGGAAAUAAAGGGCUCUUUGUACA